UAGACAUGUUCCGGGUAAAACGAUUUGAACCUUUUGGCUUUCCAUAGGGGAGAGCGAGAUUGCAAGCGGUUCGGAGGGGGGUGCGUUGCUCAGGCAGGACCGAGGAGGAAUCACAGCAGCCCCGGCUGGGACUGCCAUACCUGACCCGCUGGAUUCCCGGAGGAACAGAGAGAACACGUCGCCCAAGGGAGAGGAGCUCUGUUCAGGCUGUAGGAUGUUCUCGUCAGUGAAGGCCUUCGAGGGGCAGCAAUACUCCACCCUGAAGAGGCAAUGCCUUGCCAGUGGCCUUCUGUUUGAAGACCCACACUUCCCCGCCUUGGACGACACCCUCUUCUACCAGGGCAACAGGAUUGGACGCGUGCACUGGAAAAGACCCCAGGAGCUCUCUGAGGACCCUCACCUGUUUGUGGAUGGGAUCAGUGCGCACGACUUGCACCAGGGCCAGCUGGGAAACUGCUGGUUUGUGGCAGCGUGCUCCAGCCUGGCCUCCAGAGAGUCCCUGUGGUCUAAAGUCAUCCCAGACUGGAAAGAGCAGGAGUGGGACACGGAGACACCCGAGUCGUACGCCGGGAUCUUCCACUUCCGCUUCUGGCGCUUCGGAGAGUGGGUGGAUGUGGUGAUCGACGACCGGCUUCCCACGGUGGACAACCAGCUGGUCUACUGCCACUCGGAUGACAGCAACGAGUUCUGGAGCGCACUGGUGGAGAAGGCCUAUGCCAAAGUGUACGGCUGCUACGAGGCCCUGGAUGGCGGGAACACGGCGGAUGCCCUGGUGGACUUCACAGGGGGUGUGUCGGAGCCCAUGGACCUGCUGGAGGGCCAGAUGGCCACUGACGAGUUGGCCCGCAACCAGCUGUUUGAGAGGGUGCUGAAGGUCCACAACCGGGACGGCCUCAUCAGCUGCUCCAUCCGGGCGACCACAGUGGAGGACAUGGAGGCACGGCUAGACUGUGGCCUGGUCAAGGGCCACGCAUACGCAGUGACGGACGUGAAGAAGGUGCGUCUGGGCCAGGGCCUGCUGGCAUUCUUCAAGUCAGAGAAGCUCAAUAUGAUCCGCAUGAGGAACCCCUGGGGAGAGAAGGAGUGGAGCGGGCCCUGGAGCGACAGCUCAGAGGAGUGGAAGAAGGUGAGCAAGAGUGAGAGAGAGAAGCUGGGCGUCACCGUGCAGGAUGACGGAGAAUUCUGGAUGACGUUUGAUGACUUCUGCCAGUACUUCACGGACCUGAUCCUGUGCCGCCUCAUCAACACCUCUUAUCUGAGCAUCCACAAAACAUGGGAGGAGGAAGUGAUGAGGGGCUCCUGGGUCCCCCGCCAAGACCCUCUGAGGAACCGCUCUGGGGGAUGCAUCAACCACAAGGCCACCUUCCUCCAGAACCCACAGUAUGUGUUUGAUGUGAAUAAGGUAGAGGAUGAGGUGUUGAUCGCCCUGCAGCAGAAGGAGAGAAGAGCCACCACCAAAGAGGGCAAAGGAGAUAACCUGGCCAUAGGCUUCGACAUUCACCGGGUGGAGCUGAACAGAAAGUACCGCAUGCACACGGCCCAGCAGAAGGUGGCGGGCUCCAUCUACAUCAACUCGCGCUGCGUCUUCCUCAGGAAGGAGCUCAAGGAGGGUCGCUACGUCAUCAUCCCCACGACUUUUGACCCCGGGCAGCAGGGCGACUUCCUGUUGCGGGUCUUCACCGACGUGCCUUCAGACUGCAAAGAGUUGAACCUAGAUGAGCCCCCACAGACGUGUUGGACGGGCAUGUGUGGUUACCCCCAGCUGGUCACCCAGGUCCACGUUCUGAGUGCUGAGGGACUCCAGGGCCAGGACUCUAAUGGAGCCUUGGACCCGUACGUCAUCAUCACCUGUGAGGGAGAGAGAGUGCGCUCGCCGGUGCACAAGGACACGCGGAGCCCCAACUUCGAUGUCAAAGGCCUGUUCUACCGCAAGAAGCCCAAGGAAGGCAUCCACAUUGAGAUCUACAAUAAGAACGUAAUUGUGGAUACCUUCCUGGGUCAGGUGACCCUGUCCAGUGACCCAAACGACCGGCAGGAGCAGCACACACUCCACCUGCGCGACAAGGGCAACCGCCAAGACAACGACCUCCCGGGCACGGUCACCGUGCGCCUCAUCACCUGCAUCACACUCAUCAACAUAUGACGUCACAACCACCGCCGUCGCCGCUCUCGCCAUGAGAUGUCGAAGGAGCUUGACCUUUGUCAUCUUGACGACCUUUCGCCCCCCCUAAACCGAGCAUGUCAGUUAAACGGUUAAUCCCCCCCCACCCCUGCUCCACCCUACCCAACACCCCCUUCAACAUAUACACACAGCUUUCUUUCUUUCUUUCUGACUCUUUCUCUCACUCUCACUGUUACACACACACACACACACACACACACACACACACACACACACACAGGCCAUGUCUGAGUUCCAAAUAGUAGGCUGAUUGGGUAUGCGAAAAUAUAAAGUUUUAUAGUAUGUGAAAUAUUGAACAUUUGGUUUGCUUUAAAUGCCAGGAUGUCAUACUCAUUUAAUCUUUCCAUCUAGUAGAAUUCACUGCACACCAUUGAGGAAGAGAAGUGUAUUUUCAGACCCACGUAGGUGUGACAGCAGCCGAUAAACCGCUGAUAAUCAGCUACCAAAAUGAAAGAAUGGUGGGAAACAAAGCAAUUGUGCGUUAGAUGUCUCAUUCUCAGUAUGGGUGAGCCUGGUAUGUUUUUUUUUUUUAAGCUUACUGCCUACAUAUACUAAACAGUACAUUCUAAAUAGUAUGAAGUAUGACUAGUACACAGUAUGUAUAUCGUUUUAGUAAGUAGUAGGCAAGACUACUCUCUCUACAUGCCUUCAACUCUCUCUCACACACACACACACACACACUUUUAACAUGCUCCUGCACCCCUCAUGCAUCUGCCAGCGUCUCUAAGGGCUAUACAUCGCCUUAAGGCUGAGUGGGUCCCUUUAGGAGCCUGUGACCAGCCAUAUGUCGGGUGGGAGGGGGGUCAUUGUAUUGGGUGGUACACUGGGUGUAGCCUUGCCUCCUCCCCCCUCCAUCACAUCUUUCCCCUCUUCCCACUCCCAUCCCCUCAGAAUACGCUACCCUUCGCUUCUACAGGCUGCCAUGGACAAAAUAGAGUUUAGCACGGCAAAAAGAUUCUGCCUGCAUUGCACACGCCCCAUUCCCCGUUUACACACAAAUGUUUUAUUUAAUUUACCUUUAUUUAACUAGGCAUCACACUCUUAGCUUAGCAACCGGCGCUUUUGAUAUGCUCCAGUGGAGUGCCAUGUUCAAGUGCUUUACGGGACCAAAGACGGACCAGGCCCUCCCUCCCUCUCUCUUUUGCCGAAGGCAGUUGCCACCGUGCCACGUCAGUCGGUCAUCUCUAUGGCAACGCCACUGCCUGACGCUUCCUAAGUCAUGGGACUCCUGUCAAUUGACCUGAAUCGCGUGAACUGAGAGACACAGCAGCUGUUGUCCCUGUGUGUGUGUGUGUGUGUGUGUGUGUGUGUGUGUGUGUGUGUGUGUGUGUGUGUGUGUGUGUGUGUGUGUGUGUGUGUGUGUGUGUGUGUGUGUGUGUGCGUGCAUUCGUACGUGUUAUGCCUGCGCCUUUGAACAUCAUGCACCUCGCCUGGCUCUGACAGGCUCACGGACACGGCUGGAUGGAGGGAUGAGCAGAAGAAGAGAGAGAAGAGGCAGGAAAUCCAUCAGUCGACUCCUGCCAAAAACAGCGUGCCAUAGCCUUGUUCCUGGCUCUGACUCUGUUGUGACUCGAUACCGCUAUUCCCGACCGGAACACAGUUUGGAUUAGCAUCAUUUUAAACUAUUUGAAAUGGUAGUGUGGAAAGAGUGGGUUUUUGUCUGGCCAAGACAGAGACUAUCACAUCAUUCAGAAGCAUCACUGGUACAGUCCCCAAAACCGUUAGCAUCUCUGUUCACGUAGAUGAUGUCGCGCUUUCUCUUUUGACCUGCUUUCCACAGGCUGUUUAUCUCCCUCUGACAGUGGCAAGCGGCGGAGAAAGAAGAUAUACAAGGAGAUUCAAGCCCCAAACGCUACGUUGUCAAGUAUCUUUUCAAAAGUGCAAUAUGAUUGCAGAGACUUUUCUAGGGCAGGAUCUGACGUGGGAUCCCACGUACGUUAAGAAUCAUUCCAGAGACACUUGAUUUUUUUUGAAUGUAAUGCGGAGAGCUUUCGACCGACCGAUCUCUCGCUUUCUCUCUAUCGAACCAUCAAUCCCUUUUACUUGUUUAUGUGCUUGUUUCAACGCCUUUUCUUUUUUUGCAUUACUCGGAACAACAACGGCAUUUAUUGCAUUUGAUUUAUUUAUUGCAUUAUCACAGUUUAUAUAUUUAUUGAAUUAAUGUGUCUCGCAUAGAUCAUUUUUAAUGAUAUGUUCAUGGCCUUGUAUUGUUCUUCCAGUGUUACUAUUUUAUAUUUUCUUUCCAUCUUCAGUGUGGGGAAACAAAUGGUUGUGUUUAAGAAUCAGCAUGUUUACACUAUUGCACCUCAUAUCAAUGUCAUAUCAAGAUGUUUAAAAGGGUCACUUUUUAAGGUACUGAUCAGUGACAUCCACCAUUCAUAACCAUAUGUUUUUACUAUUUACUGUCAUUCGUGGCUUCAAAUGACGAAAAUGCCAUUCAAGUGCUGUGUGACGUAUGUAUUUCCUUCUAUGUUGUUCAGUUGCAGACUAAGACAGAGAGACUAAACUGGUUGCUAAAAAAAACCUCUGAAAGGGAUAGUUCAUGCUAAAUCUAUUUUUGUGUCGAUUUACUCUUACCUUGAGUUGUGUCUGAAGGCCCAUAGCGACAGAAUCUGCCAGUAGUUAGCAUAAUUAGAAUCGUCCAAAUUCAUUCAUGUAAACAGCGGUGCCGAUAUUGGCAGAGCUGCUUUGCAAGCUGAAACUUCAAACUGUCUUGUUAUAAGGCAAUAUGUUAUACAAGUAACAUAUAGUAACAAAAACUGAAACAAAAAAUAGAAACAAAAAUUGGACAAACAAUUUAGUAAACUGAAAUAAAAUAAUUCAGAAAAACAUUUUUAAAACUACAUGACCAAAAGUAUGUGGAUACCCGCUCGUUGAACCUCUCAUUCCAAAUCAUGGACAUUAAUAUGGAGUUGGUGCCCCUUUGCUGCUAUAACAUCCUCCACUCUUCUGGGAAGACUUUCCACUAGAUGUUGGAACUUUGCUGGGGGGGACUUGCUUCCAUUCAGCCAUAAGAGGUUGGGCACUAAUGUCGGGCGAUCAGGCCUGGCCCGCAGUCAGGGCUCUGUGCAGGCUAGUCAAGUUUUUCCACACCGAUCUCGACAAACCCUUUCUGUAUGGACCUCGCUUUGUGCACGCGGGUAUUGUCAUGCUGGAACAGGAAAGAGGCUUCCUCAAACUGUUGCCACAAAAUUGUAAGCACAGAAUCGUCUAGACUGUCAUUGCAUGCUGUAGCGUUAAGAUUUCACUGGAACUAAGGGGCCUAGCCAGACCAUUAUUCCUCCUCCACCAAAGUUUACAGUUGGCACUAUGCAUUCGGGCAGGUAGCGUUCUACUGGCAUCCGUCAAGCCUGUAGCUAACAGGGAAGAAAUCCGAGCGUGAAUGUGAAUAUAGGCCUGCCACACAUGCAUAAUGCUACUUUCUGUCCCUAACACACAUUUAAACUGAAAUGAAAUAAUAUACAAUUAUAUAGAAAUUAUUUUAUCCAACUCAAAGUAAAUUUAAAAAAAAUAGUACAUUUGUCUGAAGACGAGCUGAAACUAAACUGAAUUUGAAAUAAAAAUCUAUAAACGAAAACAAAAUCACAACUAUAAUAACCUAGAUGUUUUGUCUCUAUGAAGGAAACGUUCAAGUUACUCAUAAUGGCUGUAAUUUAGUCAGGAUCAUUUUGAGAUGAUAAUGAAGUGAUAAUGCCUGAGAAGCCGGUGUUUGGGGGAUAUAUUGGCACGGGUGUUGUUAGGCCUAUUCAUACGAUUCAGUUUCACAAUCUUGUUGUGACCCCCACAGACAAACAAUGUCUUCAGUUAGGUAGUUUGCCUUAUCGUCCUUAUCGUUAGCUAUUGCUAGUGGCAGUAUUACAGCGUCUGUUCUGACCAUAUCUGAACCAAUAAUAGUCACCAGGACCAAGGGGUUGUAUCACAUUGUGGUAGACCAUCGCUCGUCUUUUUAACUCCAGACAAAUAUGUGCCACAGCGGUGUCAAAAUGGACGGGAGGAAAAUACCAUUGUACUGCAGUGUACUGUUGGUUCAGGUUCUGCAGUAGAUUAGCUUUGUUUGCCACUCUUGUGGACAUACAAUAACUAGUUAAACAUUGUGGGUAUUGUCAAGCUUUUCUCGUUCCGAUAUGCUUUUUUUUGUGUGUCUUUGCCAAACACGCGUGCUGGUUGAGAUCUUAUUGCGUUAACAUUGCACGUUCUUGUCAUUUGCCAGAAGCAUCACUUACUCAAGGUACGAUUGGUUUACCCUUGGUGAGCGGAGUGUCGAUUCGGUGAUCUGAUUUUUCUGGCUCUGUAUACAUUUUUCUGAUGGUCCAUGGCAAAUGUUUUAAGGACACAAAACGCAUAAGAAUGUUCAGAACUUUGGCCAGUUUUAUAUCAAACCAACAACACCAAUGCAUGAAGCAAAUGACUUCAAAUCAGCUUGCACAGUUUGAUUUUCAAAGAUAUUAUAUUUUUUAUUCAAAGUGUUGUAAACAGUGUUACUACUUUCAUAAAUUGAAGGCUUCUGUUGCAUACUUGCAUGUAUUUUACAGAUUCUGAACAUUUGAAUUCAGCAUCCCAAACAGUAUGUACUGUAUAUGAAAAGGGGCAGCAGCCAAAGUGUUUGUCCACUACAUCAGGACUCCUAUUGUGGCAAAUGUAGAUAUAUGGUGACGAACAAGGAAGUAGCACAAGGUCCCCCGUGGGCCGCAAACCCCAGUCGCCUGAUCUUGACACAAACACCCUUAUUGGAGAUCCCAAUAAGGAUAUCCCCACUGGAAGAGAUUGUUAGGCACCUAUCAAGGAUAGGAUCGUUACACUCUUAAGUUCAUCAUUACCCCCUCUGUUUACAGGACUUACCUUCGAAAGCCACGAUCACUAUCCCACUUCUGACGUCCAGUGUGAUAAAUGUGGAAGUUGUGCUAAGUCUGUAGUGGGCUGUGAACACCAGUUGCCUAGCCUAAAGAUGAACACCCUAUCCACAAUUACAAUAGGGCUAUCCCAGUUGGGAGGGAUUGUACUGUGCUUAUCAAGUCCAGGGUCAAUACAAUAUAUUCUUUACAUUUCAGACGCAAGAGCAUAUAAUAGUUGAGAGACAUUUUUAAGCAAUGGUCCGCAAGAAUACUUGUCAGAUACUUAUCCAGUUAAAUUUGAAAGCAAAACAAAUUGUUAGAGAUGGACAACAUAAAAAAUGUGAGGAAUACCGAAAAUAAUUGAUUGCAGAGAGUGUUUGUGUUGUGUUUACGAUUUAUUUGGAUUAUGUGUUUUAUUAAAGCCUGUGUAAUGGCCAAACAGUACUUUCUAUGUUUCAGUUGAAUACAGACAUCACCAUGGUGCAAUGAUUUACCUAUGUUAGCUCAGUUAGCCUCGGAGCUACCUGGCGUUUGUUAGCCUGCAUACCGCUGCAUGUGAACUUUAAAGGACAUUGGUCAUGAAACGUCAUACAUGUUUAUGCUAGGUGUUACGUCAUCUUUACGAUAGCAUUAUGUAGAUUAUAUGACAUUGCUCACUCAAAUUUGCCAAGUCAUGAGACACCUUCUGUGGUGGCCAUGUUUCCAAAAUGGAGUCUGAUACGUUCGACGAAGGAGCUUGUGAUUCUCUUGUACUUUUCUGCGGAUGUUUAUUAACUCGAGGCUGGAAUAUACUGCAUGGUGACACUUAUAGAAGAUACUAAGGUCUUUAUAACGAGUAGCCUAUCUUUUAUCAAUAUUUUAUACUCUUGUUAAUUUUAUAUAUCCAAUUAACCUUGUGUUCUCUACGCUUAACACUGAUAUGUUUACUGAUCGCUAGAUAUCAGAAGGCUGUAUCUUAUGUACUGUAUGCUUAUCUGAGUGUUCUUAGGUUGUCUUUUUUUGUUACCGUGCAUGUUUGUUUGAUUUCAUUAUCGGUUACACUGUGGUUAUUUUAUAGUUAUGAUCUGGAAAUCAUUUAUUUUCAUUUUGUAUUUUAUGUCAACUUGUGGCAUGACUUUCAAAUAAAACAUUAAACCUGAUUUUUAUUUUCAAUUGUA